UAAAGGUAGCAAAUCAUUUCAAUAGAUUUUUUACUACGGUUGCAGAAAAAUUGGUAAAUGAACUACCAGCACAAAUUGGUAUAUUUAAUGAUAAAUUAGUUAAGGAGUAUUAUGUUAAAUGUGGUAUUAUGCCGGGAGGUUUUUUGUUCACUAAAGUAAAGGAGAGUAACGUUUUUAAGAAAUUGAUAAAUCUUAAAAGUAGUAAAGCAACAGGGUUAGAUUCUAUUCCAGUGAAGUUUUUAAAGGAUUCAGCCAAUUUUAUUUCUCCAAUGGUUACCCAUAUUAUAAAUCUUUCAAUUUGUCAAGGUAAGGUUCCUGAUGAGUUUAAACAAGCAAGAGUUAUUCCUCUUUUUAAAAAAGGUAGUAGGUUUGAGUGUAAUAAUUAUAGGCCGGUGUCAAUUCUGAGUGUUUUAUCAAAGGUGAUGGAAAAGAUUAUUUUUGAGCAGAUUGAAGACUAUCUUCUUAAACAUAAUAUUUUGUAUGAGUUUCAAUCUGGUUUUAGGAGAAAACACUCUACUGAGACAACUAUUUUAUAUUUAACAGAUUAUAUAAGGAAAGAGAUGGAUAAAGGGAAGUUAAGUGGGAUGGUACUGUUAGAUCUGCAAAAAGCGUUUGACAGUUGAUCACAGUAUUCUGCUUUUAAAAGUAAAAGCGAUGGGUUUCAGUAAUAUGGCCUGUAAAUGGAUUAAGUCUUACCUUGAAAAUAGGUAAGGUGUUUUCGGAUUGUUUGACUAUUUCAUAUGGGGUUCCGCAAGGGAGUGUAUUAGGUCCUUUACUUUUUAUAUUAUAUAUUAAUGAUUUAAAAAUGGCCUGUUCAAAUAAACUUUUAUUAUAUGCAGAUGAUGCAGCAAUAAUUGUGUCUCAUGAGAGGAAGGAAGAUAUUGAAAUAGAAUUAAGUAGAGAAAUUCAAGGGGUCUCCAAGUGGUUUUGUCAUAAUAAACUGUCUUUACAUUUGGGGAAAACUGAAGUUAUAUUAUUUGGCUCGGCUGUUAAAUUGAAUAAAAGUUUUGGACUAGAGGUAAAGGUUGGAGAUCAAAUUAUUACACCUAAACGAGAAGUAAAAUAUUUGGGUUGUGUGUUGGAUAGUAAUUUGACUGGAGAAAAGAUGGCUGUUUUAGCUCACUCUAAAAUUUGUAAUCGAAUAAAAUUUUUAGCAAGACAGGCUUUUUUAGAUACUGAAACUUUAAAAAUGUUGGCUGGUGCAUUAGUGCAGUCACACUUUGAUUAUGUUUUAGUUUUUUGGUAUAGCGGCAUUUCAAAGAAAUUAAAAAAUAAAUUGCAGACUGCUCAAAAUAAGUUGUGUAGGGUUAUUUUGAAAGUACAUCCACUGAUGCAUUUGCGAGAUGAACAUUAUAAGAAAAUUAGUUUUUUAAAAGUCGAAAAAAUAGUAACUUUUUUAAAACUACUGAUGGUGUUUAAGAUAUUAAAGAAAAUGGUUCCAAAGUAUCUGUUAGAUUAUUAUGUAUUUGUAAGAGAGGUUCAUUGUCAUUCUACAAGGGCGAGUAGUAAUGAUAUUUAUCCUUGUAGGUUUAGGAGUGAAAUGGGAAGAAAGUAUUUUUUAUAUACUAGCUCGGUUGCGUGGAAUAAAUUACCUGGGUGUAUCCAAGAGAUACAAGUUGAUAGUAGUUUUAGAAGGGAAGUUAAAAAAUGGUUAUUUUAUCAUUGAUGUUUUGGAGUUUAUAUGGUGAGUUUCUGAACUUGAUGUGGAUUGCAUUCCAUUUAUGAUUUGUUCAUCCAUUUUUUAAUAUAGAGGACCACAAUGGAAAUAAGCCGAAGGCUUUUUUGUGUAUUUUAUCCUCGACAGUUUUGAAAUGUGUAUGAACUAGUCUUUUUGGACUUUUUUGUAUUAUGUUUUACAUUUUGUCAAAUAAUAAACAAACAAACAAACAAACAAGACAAACAGCUACACGAUGAGAACUUUUAUAAGGGAGGGAAGGCGUCUUGGUGGAACUUCUACUACUCUGAACAGCCUGGCUCAGCGUCAGUCAUCAAACGUGACAAGUUAGACUACAUUGUAGACGCUAUUAUUCCAAAUAUGUUGAAUCAGAAGAGAGCUUGUGUGUUUUUCAACAUCUUCCAUGCUCAAGGCUGGGGUGGCACUACAUUAGCCAUGCAUGUUCUGUGGACACUCAAGGAGAAAUUCCGCUGUGCAGUGCUGAAAGACACAACAGAUGAUUUUACUACUGCAGCCAAACAGGUAGUGGAGCUACUAACAUAUGAGACAAAAGAGCAACCUACACGACUUCCCGUUUUGCUCAUGACUGAUCACUUCCAAGACAUUCGCAAUGUACUAACACUCCAACAUCAGAUUGAGGACGAAUGUUUGAACCAGUACAUUUUUUCAAAAUCUCCACAAGUCAUUAUUGUCAACUGCAUGAGAGUUGACUCCUGUGAACCAACUGAAGGAACUGGUGAUGCAGUUUGCCUUCCACACUAUUUAUCUGAGAGGGAACUGGAACUAUUUAGGGAAAAGCUGGAGGAGUUUAAGAAGAACAACAAAAGCACCGAAACAUUUUAUGUGUCCAUGGUUGUGAAAAACUUUUCAUCUGACUAUAUUCAGGGUGUUGUGAAAAAUACCCUGAAGGACUUCAACUUUCAACACAAGCAUGCUCAACUUUUUGCUGUUCUUGUCCUCUUGCAUGUCUACUCCAAGAACGCAUUGCUGUCGGUCUCUACAUGUGAAGAGUUUCUUGGUCUGCAAACAGGAGCUGAAUCGUGUAGGGUUGAAGAUGCAUUUGAGAAGUUGUCCUCUCUUUUGAAAAGAUGCACAGUUUUUUCCAAAGUGACCUUUGAAGUCAUGAGGGUGAUUCACCCAAGUGUUGCUCAUCACUGUUUGGAAGAGCUUUCCGCUUCUCACGGAGUGACAAAAGCACAAAUUGCUAACCUUCUGCUCACAACCGACUUAUUUUAUGAGAACACUCUGGAAAAACAAAAAUUCAUGCAGCAUGUUAAAGACAUGUUGAUGAAGAGCCAAUAUUCAGCCAAGCAUGACAACGUUUUUUCACGUCUUAUCCAAGAUAUAAUGAAGGAGACCCCAGGGAUGGAAGACACUGUUCUACUCAAUGCAGCAGAGUGCCUCAGAGAAAAAUAAGCGAUAUUCCAGCUCCUUGCCAGGUACUAUUACACCAAAAAACAGGAAAAAGACAACAAUGAUCCCAUCAAGCCAGAUAGUCUUGACAGGUUUCUUAAUUGGCUGGCCAACUUGGUGAACGUCAAACUGCAACUAAAGUCAUAGAAAUACUGCUAAAUAUACCACUUAAGGCAUGUCUUACUCACACCAAUUGGCUUACUCAUGUCUUGUGGCGUAAAAUUGCCAUUGAGGAUUUGUCAAGAAAUAACCCUGAACUCAAGCAAUAUUGUGAUGUAUUGCAGAGACAUGAGCGCAUUCUUCUUCAACUAAAAGACAAAAUGAAGCAGUCAUCUUAUUUCUAUUUUCUGCUGACAAAGACAAACAAAACGACCUGACAAAGUGCAAGGUUUCCAGUUACUUUCAGCAAUAUACUGAACUCUUUUGUGGAAAAAAAAAGUGAACUGGACAAGAAUAAGGACGUGUUUUCAGUCCAAUUUUCAGAAGACAGUUACGCAAAGAAUCUGACACAAGUGUAACAUUUUUUAUAGUUUUUUCAAUGAAUGGACCAGUUGCACUUGACAUAAAUGGAGGCAAAUGGAUCAAAUCUAAUGGAUCAGACUGGUGACCUAAUGCAUGGACAAAAGCCCUGUAGUUGUUCUUAGACAUUAUUUUAGUUUGCCUCAUUAACAUAUCUUACACACUUUAAUAUAAACAAACAUUUUAAUCAUUAGUGUUGCAUGUUUUUGGGCUGUGCUUUAGCAGAAAUGCCUGAUUGUGCUUGAUUUGAAUUUUAUAAAACCAAUGGUGUGAUUUUUGUAAUGGGAGAGGUUUUGAAUGGGAUUUUGGUUAAAUCCCUUAAAUAAGCUCCGUGGUUCACACAGGCUUGUUUUAUAUAGCACACCCGGUGAGAUCAGUCUGAAGAUCUGGGCUGAGUUUGGAGUCUGUAGAGUUAAAGCUCUAGGAGGAGUUAGAGUUGAUAGUUUAGUCUCAGAAGAAUAAUAAUAAUAAGUUUAAGAUGGAUUUCAGUAAAUUGGCUUUCUCAAGCCAACUUAAUAAUAACUAGAUAAAAAAGUUUGUGAACAAACUUUGAAGUUGGCUUAAGAAAGUCUGACCUAUUAGAAGUAGUUUUAAAAGCUUUUAGUUUGAAGGUGUUCAGUUAAAGAAGUCUGAAGUUAAUAAACAGUAGUUUGUACAGCUUGAAGCUGAAUAUUUUAAGGUCAUGCAGUCUAUCACAUAGAUAGCUACAGGUUGGAUAGAAGUUUGAAGGCUUUCAGUUUGAAAUUAUUGCAGCCUUGGUGAUCAUAAGAGUCUUAAAAAGCAGUACAAAUUAAGGUUUGUGUUCUUUAAUUCAUCUGUGUCAUAGUGAGGUAUAAAUACAGACAGCAUUAGUGAUUGUGCAAUGAAAAAGUAAAAACAAUUUCAAUAAAUUUGAAGAACAACAAAUGUAUUUAUUAAAUCAAGUGAACAUAAAUGGGCUUAUGCACACAAAUAAGUAACAAUGUCAAAUAAUUAUAACUAUUAUACAAGUGUGUGUGUAUGUAUAUAUGACUAUAAAACUGUGACUACAACAAAUCUGAUUCAUUGAACUGAUGAUGACUGAUCACUCUGCUGUUCGUAUGCUAACUACUCGUUUAUUUACAUGUUUUAUAAUCAUUUUCAGUGGCAACUCCAUGAUUAUGUCAUAUGUUGCCACUAUAAUGUUGAGAAGGCACAAGGAAGAUCUCAUCAUCUGCAGUAAGGUGACAGUUGUUCUCAAUUUCCGUCACUCCCACAACUUCAACUUCCUGUUCGACAGGUUCAACCUCCUCAAUCUGGAUGAAACAAAACAAACAAACAAACAAAAAAAAACAUUAAAAAUCUUUGUAUUGAAUUGACUAUUUGUAUUUCACUGUGUGUGUGCGCGCAUUUCUGUGAAAAGUCAGGACAUAGAUUUGUAUAAUGACAAAGGUAUGACAGGUAUUACAAGGUGAAGGUGACAUCUCAGGACAUUGACCCAUGUCCCCGCUUUUCAAAACGCUUAUAAAUCACUCAGAAUUAGUUUUUUUGGGGAAAGUUGAAAUGCACAGUCUCCUGUAAGGGGUAGGUUUAGGUGUAGGGUUGGUGUAGGGCAAUAGCACAUACAGUAAGUACACUAUAAAAACCAUUACGCCUAUGGGAUGUCCCCACUUUUCACAAAAACAUACGUGUGUGUGUGUGUGUCUGUGUGCUAGUGAGUGUGUGUGUGUGUGUGUGUGUUACUAAUUAUCACAUAUUUACACAUAACAGACAG